AUGGCCGCCGCCACGUGUGCUCGAGAUACGGAGAAGCCUAACCUCGAGACCAAGCUGGACGAAUUAUUCGCCAGGUUCUGGAGGACAAUAGCAACCAGGGAGCAACAGGCCAAGGCAUGCAAACCUGUCACAGUGUUGCCGGUUAACUCCCAACAAGAGUGCACACCUCCUCAUGUAAAUAAAGUCCACAAACGUCACCGUGGACGGCAAAAACGAAGAGCCCGAAAGCCCAAGAGACUACCACUGCCAAAGGCGGCGACCCAUCACAGCAAGUGUCUGGCGAAAUUAAACCUUCCUGAGAGGCAUGAACAGACGACUCUGCAGCAGCGGAACACUGCGUCAAAUAAAGACUGA